UCGCGGAACAGAAACAUUUUUUUAUCACAGCACCCAACACUCCAAAGUCAACAGACCACCUCCAAGCAAACUACUACUACCUACUCACUUCUCAACUCAAUCCACACUCAACCUUGUCAAGAUGGUUCAAAUGACGGCAGUCCUGUUUCUCGCGGCGGCGAGCUCCGUCCUUGGAGGUGCGGUUCCCGGAGCCUACUGGCCCAAGGGGCCCAAGGUCACCGAGACCGUCACCGUCACCGCCACCGAAACCGACACCGUCACCAACACUGUCACCGCCACCGACACCGUCACCAACACUGUCACCGCCACUGACACCAUCACCAACUACGUCACCGCCACCGUAACCGACACCGUCACCGAGACCGACACUGUCACCGAGACCGACACUGUCACCGAGACCGACACGGUUACGGUCACUGUCACCAAGAAGCAUGGAAAAGGUCAUCAUCACAAGUACCCGUACUACUACGUGACCGCCACUCCGACACCCAGUGUGACUCCCAGUGCUUCUGAGACUCCCAGUUCUUCUGAGACUCCCAGUGCCUCUGAGACUCCCAGUUCUUCUGAGACUCCCAGUUCUUCUGAGACUCCCAGCGCCUCUCCGUCGCACUAUGCCUGGAACAGGCUGUAAAGCCCCGACACCUCAUGCACGAAAUAUUGCGCCAUGUUUCGUGAAAGUUUAUGGUCACCUUGAGGGCCAUGAGAUGUCUGCUUGCAUGACUUUGGAGGAUCAAAGAGAAGCAAAAGAUGGUACUACACUAGGUAUCAACGAGGGUGAAAGUCUUGCGGCUUUUGACUUGGCGGAAGGGAUACAUCAAUGUAUUUCGAACAUUUGGGAGACCCCAGUGUUCAAAGGCGCCGGUGUAUACUUGGCAUUCCGGCUGGACCAUGUCCGGUCCGAAGUGCCAGACACAGCAUCGGGUCUUAGAUACCUAGGUAGUUUAGUCAUCUAAAGAGAAAAAGGUCCAUUCAUCUUUCACACACA